AUGGCUGACCAUAUCGAAGAAAUGAUUGAAAACUGCUGUUGGCCUGAACUUGACACUAAGCGAUAUCCUGGAGGGAGGAAAAACCCCAACAACAUUUACCGCUACCGCAAAUGGGGCUACACAGUCUACCGGACAUACUACAGCAAGGAGUCUGAUGAAGCUUGGGCAAUGCUGCUGUACUCUCUAGAACAUCAGACCAAAUUGGCAUUGAGCGGCUUUGGAGAAGAGGGUGUUGACGACGAUGACGUGCACGUUGACCAAGAUGACGUUCAACAACUGAGGAACCUCUUCACGAUUGAAGGUCUUGAAGACCCUUCGAAAUUUGAAGGCCUCGAUGUUCAAGGUGUUCGGGACUUCUGGAGUGCUCAAUCGCUCAAGAUGAAGCAAGCUGUGGUACAGAUACCAGGCAAAAGACGCCGAUUGACAACAAGGCCCUGGGAAACUGAAGCCAUGGCAGAUUGUGUCCACGACUUUGUGCUACUCGCCGACGAGGCAACUUUGAAAGACGUGGCAAAUGGCUUGUUUGUUGUCAAAGCUGUCUCGUUGGAGCUGUUGGGGGCAGCCGGUUGGUCAGGGGGCUGGAUGCGGAUCCCGACAAGCUAUCUAUUAGAUCUGUGGUUUCUGCUUUGUGAUUGGCCAAGCAGGCCAGAAAACGCCCUGAGUUUCUCUGGCUCUGAGGAAGAGCUCCAUUACUGGAUCUGGCCUGGUGAUGAUAAUCGCUGUAUCAGGACUGCGAGAUAUUCUGAGGUUCGAAAGUUCCCACAUUACAACGGUCAGACGUACCAUGAGGAUUUGUGGCGCAAACGGCGCGCUCCACUCACCGAGCGGUGUGAUGAAGAGGGAUCUUCAGAUUCGUCACUGUUCUGCUUUGACUCCUCGGAUGACGAUGGGCCUCUACAUUAA